GCAGGAUGCUGGAUGGCCAGCUAUUCUCCGAGGGGCCCGACAGCCCCCGGGAGCUCCAGGAUGAGGAGUCUGGCAGCUGCCUCUGGGUGCAGAAAUCCAAGCUGCUGGUGAUCCAAGUGAAGACUAUUUCCUGUCAUUAUAGUCGCCGUGCCCCUCCUCGACAGCCCAUGGACUUCCAGGCCAGCCACUGGGCCCACGGGCCCCAGAGCCGCACGUGUGGGCCGCGCCCGGGAUCCCCUGAGCCGCCGCCCCGCCGGCCCUGGGCCUCCAGGGUGCUGCAGGAGGCGACCAACUGGCGGGCGGGACCCCCGGCCGAGGCUCGAGCCCGGGAGCAAGAGAAAAGGAAAGCGGCAUCGCAGGAGCGGGAGGCCAAGGAGACCGAGCGAAAAAGGCGCAAGGCUGGUGGGGCCCGAAGGAGCCCCCUGGGUCGGCCCCGGCCGGAGCCUCGGAACGCCCCUCGGGUGGCCCAGCCUGCAGGGUUCCCAGCUCUGUCAAGGCCAGAGCGCCUGGGGCAGGUGGGGAGACCACCCCGUCCAUCCGCGCAGCCGCUGAGCAACGCAGGGGCGGCGUGGGCGGGGCCCUGGGGAGGUCGCAGGCCAGGGCCCCCAAGCUACGAGGCUCACCUGCUGCUGAGAGGCGCUGCCGGGACUGCCCCGCGACGCCGCUGGGACCGGCCGCCACCCUACGUGGCUCCCCCUUCUUACGAAGGACCUCACAGGACCUUGGGGACUAAUAGAGGCCCUGAGCCCUCACAGGCGCCCGUUUCAUUAGCCCCUGCUCGAACUCCGGCCAGGACAGAUGGUGGGUGCCCAAAGAAGAGGCUGGAUCCUCGAAUCUACCGCGACGUCCUUGGGGCUUGGGGUCUCCGACAGGGGAGGGGUCUCUUGGGGGGAUCCCCAGGCUGUGGAACAGCCAGGCCAAGGUUGGAGCCCCGCAAGGGGGCCCCGGAAAAAAGCCUGGGGCUGGCUGCUGCUGGCCUGAACAGUGGUAGCGACUGUCACCCCCAAGCCAAAGCUGCUGGGAGCCCAGGGACAGCGACAGCUCCUCCAGGGUCUACAAUUGCGACUCCCAGGCCCCCGCGUCCCGCUCCCAGGUCCAGGCCCCAUCUCAAGGCCUCUGGAGAAGGGAAAGAAGGGAAAGAACAGAGCUGGCUCCCCAAAUGCUGGAUUCCCUCCCUUAAAAAGCAGCCACCCCGACAUAGCCAGACCCUUCCCAGACCCUGGGCUCCAGGAGGCACAGGAUGGAGAGAGUCCCUAGGCCAUAUAGAAGGGGCCGGACUCGAGACCUUGGAGGGUUGUAAGGCAACCCGUCGCGCUCACACCCUACCCCGCAGUUCCCGGGGCCCUGCUCGUGGAGAAGGCAUCUUUGUCAUUGACGCCACGUGCGUGGUAAUAAGGUCCCAGUAUGUCCCAACCCCUCGAACCCAGCAUGUGCAGCUUUUGCCCGCUGGGAUGCCACGCGUUGUGGGGGAUGCCCCCAGCCAGCCCAAGCCCAACAAGGAGGGCGAGGGGGCCGCGGUCUUUCCUUCCCCUUGCCAAAAGUUGCUGUUGAGCAAUCGCCUUUCACACCAGCCGGGUGGGGGUCACGGGUUCGAGGCUGAGGGCAGGAAGCCCGCGGACUCCUCAUUGGAGGAGCGCGCCUCGCGCAUCUUGGGGCUCCCAAUGGGCGAAGUAAACCUGCGGGAUGCUCCCACACAGGCAGGUAGCCCAGAGCACUCAGCCUUAGGCCCAGCGGCUUCGGGAGGCGCGGGCUGUGCCGAGGGCUUGGGGGAAGUGGCGGCGGUCCUGCGGCCCACAAACCGGGGCUGGGCGAGGAACCCGGGGCCUUACGCCGGGGCCCUGCGGGAAGCCGUUUCCCGCAUCCGCCGCCACACUGCCCCGGACUCGGAUUCGGACGAAGCUGCGGAGCUCAGCGUCCACAGCGGUUCUUCUGAUGGAAGUGACACAGAAGCCUCGGGUGCCUCCUGGCGGAGUGAGCGGACCCGGACCCGGGAAGGCGGGAAGACAGCCAAGCUGGGCGACAGUAUCCGAGACAUUCUAGGUGUCAUCAGCCAAACCGAGGAGGUCCUCUUCGGGGCUAGGGACAUUAAGGGGGACCCCACGGGGAAAUAGGGAGCGGCAGUAAGAUGCCCUUUCUUGUAUUUGUGUUCCCCAGCACAUCCAUCCUCAGGCCCAUUGGUCCCCUUUCUUCCUCACAGACUUCUUUGUACCCCAACCUAUACCGGUUCCCAUACUCGAAAUAGAAGCCGCCCAAAUGGAAGGAAAGGGAGUAUUUGCCGAUUUAUGAUUUUUUUUUUCAGGUGAGGUGAGGGUGAGCAGUGGACUUUAAUGCCUGCUCCAUUCAGGGCACUUGGGUAAGGUCUUCAGCAAAGGUGGUUGCACUGGGUGUGGAGCUGAGGCGAAAGGCCUGGCCAGCAGCAGGCAGGAGGGCGGGAAUGGUAUAGACAUGGGAAGGCAACUUCAGGGCAGAGCCUCCCUGCAAAGAGGGAGAAAGUGAUGGAGAGGUUUCAGACUGAGGUGACCAUGUGACCGAGAGGCCCUUGGCAUAAAAGGAAGGGGUCCAGAAGCAAUCACCAAAGCUCACUUUGGUGUCACAAGUCUAGGGUUCCAAUCUCAACUCUGACACUGACUUGCUGGGUGACCUUAGGCAAGUCACUUCUCUCCAGGCCUCCUAGUAUAUAAAAUGAGGGAGUUCUAGAGUCCAUCCCCCACGUUUGGGAGCCUUUGGGGAAGCUUUUAUCUCAUCCUCCCCUUCACAAGCCAAGAAAGAGUUAAGAAUAAGUGAACAGAGUCUGAGGGUCCCUGAGUGGCUUUAUCGUCACCUGCACUCACUCUCAAUUUAAGAUACUUUCCAGGGUUUGCAGAAGAACUGAGUAAAUGGGCAAGGGCUCCUAUCCCAGUCUCAGGUUUGGGUGAGGGCUCUCCAAGGCAGGGCAGGAUGAUGGCCUUGUCACUGUCCCCGGCGGGUGGUGGUCCCAGCAGGGGAGGGAAAGCAGCCAAUGAAUCAGCUUGGAACCUCUUUAGAACGUCCCCUUUUCCUCCUUCCCAAUAUUAAUUAGUGAUGCUCUGAAUCGUUAACACGAUGUCCCACCCAGGUGGUACCACCCAUCUGAAAGGACCCUGAGAAUUUCUUGCAUCUCUGCCUCUUCCAGAAACUGGCCAGGGAUAAAAGAAGAGGAAGGCUGGUCCCAAAAAGCCUGUAGGUGUGGGGUGUGAUACUCGCUGUAGCCACUACGGGGCGCGUGCAGGUCGCGGAUUUCCCGGGUAGCUAGUCCUGAGUCCCUCCUACCCUGGUACCGCCAGUUAAUCUAUUGAUCUCUAGUUACCGCGCGGGAGGGUCCCCUGCCUUGCGGACUCCAGGUGUGCGAGGUCCGGAGCAGGCCUCUGGCCUUCCAGACCUCUGGAGCGUGCCGACCCCUCUUUGUGCUCAUCCAUGCCAACCGGCUUGGGACCUAGACACUGAAGUCUUUUUUUCUCUCUGAUCUUGGACACCUCCUCUCUCUAUUUACUAGCCAUGUGAACUUGGCCAAAUCACUUCACCUCCCUGAGCCUCAGUUUCCUCAUCUGUCAAAUGGGGGUAUAUAAACACCUACCUCGCAGGGUUGUUGUGAGGAUUUAAUGAGAUAACAUAUGUAAAGCGCCUUGCACAGUGCCUGGCACACAGUAGGCGCUCAAUAAAUCUAAGCUUCCCUUUGUCAA